GAGCCAACAUGCGGACCGGCCGCCUCCCCGCCUGCUAAUCCGCCCUCACCGCAGCCCGGAGAGCCCUGCACAAUGGGCCCGUAUUGUGGCGUGGAGCCCUCACGAUUGAAGCGAAAUCGGGCAGCUGCUGCCUCAGCAUCCCCCCAAAGCCCUGCUGCGGGCGGAGACGGCCCCAUAAAUAGCGCGGCCCGUCUGCCUGGCCGGCCUGUCGGAGCCUCCAGUGCUGUCCGAGCGGAGGAGGAGGCACCAUGGCCGAACAGCAGAGCCCACCCGGGGAGGCAGCGGCUGCCGAGAGCAUGGAAGAAGCGGGGCACAACUUCAAGGUCACCCUCUACGAGAUGGAGAACUUCCAAGGCAGGAAAUAUGAACUGACCGCCGAGAGUCCCAAUCUGGCGGAGGAGCUGGAGAAAGUGGGCUCUCUCCGGGUGGAGUCCGGCCCGUGGCUGGGCUUUGAGCGGCAGGCGUUCAGCGGGGAGCAGUUUGUGCUGGAGAAGGGGGACUACCCACGCUGGGACACCUGGUCCAACAGCCACGGCAGCGACAGCCUCCUCUCCAUCCGGCCCCUCCCAAUUGACAGCGCCGAUCACAAGAUCCACCUCUUUGAGAACUCCGGCUACGGAGGGAGGAAGAUGGAGAUUGUGGAGGACGACGUCCCCAGCUUGUGGUCGCACGGCUUCCAUGACCGCGUGGCCAGCGUCAAGGCCCUGGACGGAAUAUGGGUGGGCUACGAAUACCCCGGGUACCGUGGCCGGCAGUAUGUCUUCGAGAAAGGCGAAUACCGGCACUGGAACGAAUGGGACGCCAGCCAGCCCCUGAUCCAGUCUAUGCGGCGCGUCCGGGACCAGCAGUGGCACCGGCGGGGCUGCUUCGAGGAGAGCUAAGUGGACGGCGACGGGUGUGGGCCCAGGAGGGGCAGAAGCUUGGCUGCGUGGAGACCCCCGGCCCGAGGCCCUGCCUCACUUCCUGCAUGUCGGAACUGUCAUGUGAGACCCUCAAUAAAGAUCUCAG